GGACCCUGCGAGAAACGAGUGGGCGUGUGCCGGGUGGGCGCGGGAGAGGCCCGGGCUGCACGAGCGCGCGUGCGCCUCGGAGUCGGAGCCGCUGAAGGAGGCGGGAACUGAGGAGGCGGCGGAGGGGGCGGGUCGCGUCGGGCGCCACGUCCGCAGCCAGAGGCCGUCGCAGCCGCCGCCGCAGCCGCCGUAGCCGCCACCGCCACAGUCUUCCAGCUCCACAGCCUGAGAGGACGCCUGCGGAGCCGCGAUUGCCCGGGAUUGUGCCGGCCGCCGCUGCCGCCCAGGCUGUCUCAGCCCUCCUCGGCACCGGUCCGCUCCCUCCGCCCAGCCCCUGCCUUUGCCCCAGCGCGGGCCGCGACCCCGGCGGAGAUCAUGAAUCAGACAGAUAAAAAUCAACAAGAAAUCCCAUCAUACCUUAACGAUGAACCACCAGAAGGUUCAAUGAAAGAUCACCCACAGCAACAACCAGGCAUGUUGUCCCGUGUGACUGGGGGUAUCUUCAGUGUUACAAAGGGAGCUGUCGGUGCCACCAUUGGUGGUGUGGCUUGGAUUGGUGGAAAGAGUCUAGAAGUGACCAAAACAGCUGUUACAACUGUGCCUUCCGUGGGAAUAGGGCUGGUGAAAGGGGGUGUAUCUGCUGUGGCUGGAGGUGUUACAGCUGUUGGGUCUGCUGUUGUAAACAAAGUGCCCUUAACAGGAAAGAAGAAAGACAAAUCUGACUAAAAUAUGGAGAUACACUUGCACUCCACAGCACUAUAAUGCCAGUGGCAUUGAAUUGCUAAAUGAUGGACUGCAACCAAGUCAACUGUUUUGGACGUUUAUCUUCUAAACUGCUGUGUUGAAAGUAUUGAUGAGUGGCUUUCAUCUAAAAAGAAGAGACCAGUACGAGCACAGUAUAUGAAGGUUUUUCAUACUUAAGUUCCAGCUUUUUAUCUGGUAAAAUGUUACACUUACUCAGUUGUAACUGAAGAUAUGGUAUGUUUGAAUAUUUACUAUAAGUCUUUCAGUUUGACUAAAAAUGUGAAAGUUGAAUUUAGUAGAUGAUCUUUACAGUUCCAUAUGUAUAAUGUGCCAGGUAACUCAUCUGCCCCUUAAGAAGGGAACCUUGAAUUACAUAAGCCGUACCUUUGAUGUGCCUAAUAGUUUCAGAUGUCUUAGUUUUUUAUAACCAUAGUUGAUUAGGCCAAGAUGCAGUCAUUUCUUAUUUAAGCUGGCAAAAAUUAGCAGGAAUUAGAGAAGUUUAAAAAGAAAAGAUAACAUUCAGUAUCAUAAAUACUGAAUGUUAACCAUCUUUUGUUAGUAGAUAUGCAUUCUAUUAAUUUAAUCAUUGAUGCCUUACAAAAGAAAACAUCUUUUCUGAUUCCCUGAACAUGUGCAGUUCUUAGAAUCAUCUAUGGAUUCUUUUAAAGAUUGUUUGUGAAAUUAGUUUUCCCUCUUUAGAAUCUCAGGAGUAGUGGGGUAAAAGCAUUUCCUGCUGUCAGUGGAUAAGACAGUGCUUAACUGUCUUGUCAGUAGUUAAAAUUAAAUUGUACACUUCUCAGCCUGGGUUCAUGCUCCAUCAUUAAUAAACCUCACAGUGCCUAAAGAACAUUUACUUACUGGCCAGAAGGCAUUUUGCAAGAGUUUCAUAUUAAGGAGAAACAAAUAAUUUUAAGUUCUUAAAAAUUACUUAAAACAUCCAAAAUAUAAAGAGAAGACUUCACACCUAUUCUAUCUUUAGGAUGUCUUAAAUUAUUAGCAGUACUCCUUUUUAAAAAUAUGGUAAAAGUAACCACAAAUACGUGAGGACUUACUUAUAAGUGGAAUGAAAUGAGCUCCAUAGAUUAGUUUUGAAUAUAAAACAUGUAAAAGUGCUUCAAUGGUUUAUAUAGGCUUUAAAAACAUACUGUCUUACAGUCCUUUAAAGCAGCUGUAGAGUUUGUAUCAUUUUUGAAGCCAAUUUCAGUCAGGGAUUUGAAGUGUUUGAUUAUGGAUGAUAAAUGUGUCAUAUCUUACUAACAUGUCUCAUGUCUCAUUCAUUCUCAAUAUGAUUUAGUUGGAAUUUAUUUUCUUUUUAUUUCAUGUUUAAUUUCAUAAACAUUUAACAAUUGGCAUAUAUACUUGGCAUUCCUAUCAAUCAAAGAUUAUAAUCCAAGCCUGGGAAAAUCUUAAAUUUCUUUAUACUUAAAUCUGGAAAUUUGUCUCCAUUCUGCCAACUUUUUCUUUUUUUUUUCACAUAGUGGAGGGGAGGAAAUGGGGAUGAUACCUUGCAGUAAGUCAAAAUAGCAUGCCAAAAAAUUUGAAACAGACCAUUCUAAUACCUGAGGCUUAAUUGUUUAUAAAAUACUUAAGAGAAUUACAUUAAUAUGGAAUCAACAAAUGGAUAAGAAUAUAACAUAACUUUUAAAAGCUUUCGUAAAUAGCAGGGAUUGUAAGCAAAUCUACAAAGGUUCUUGAACCUUUCUACUAUAUACAAAACUGAAAAGUCAUUAAGGCAUUCAACUAAUCAGGAAUUAAAUGGUCAUUUAUUUCAUGCUGCAUGACUUAAGGUAUUUGUUGGGAUUCUGGUCAAAUGUCAUAAUUGGCAAAUGGGAUUUUAAAAAACCUCCUAAAUCAAUAGGUGAACACAAAAUAAUUAUCUAAAUAAUGGUAUUAGAGAACUUGUUUCCUGCUAUUUGGAAGAAAUUACUGCUUCAUUGCUAGUUUAUAUUUCUAACUUCAACAGGUAUAGACUCCACUGUGCUUUGUAUCUGAAUUUCUCAGUGUAGACGUUUUGUUUACUGUAUGCUUGCAUAUUUAUUUUCAACUUUGUCUUUAAAAUUGCUUUAGGAAAAAUGGUUGUAAUCAAUUUCUGCUACAGAAAAGCCACCUGGUAUGUUUUAUAUCAUCAAGAUUGUUUUAAAUUCUAAACUAUAACUUCGUUCAGAGGGGCUUUUGCAAUGAUAGCAGAAAACUGUAGAGAGGUUCUAGUUGAAAUGAACUAACCAUUUGAUGAUAUGUACAGCUAUAUACUUGAGUCUUUUUUAGUUUACUUAUAAAGACUAGCAAUUUGACCUGUUAAACAGGACUAGUUCAAGUUAAGAAACUAAGGUUGUUGUAUAUACCUGGAGGCAUCUGUUAUUCAGCUUAUUGUUUGAGUGGGUUUUUGGCACAAUGAGGAUAAACUUAUGUGACCCACUUGAAUGGCUGAUCUAACAAUGUUGACAUGAAUUCUGUACUUAGUGAAAUGUCAGAUGAAAAUAACUGAUGAAUAAUUUUUUAUAUUAAAGGGAUGGGAAAAGAAUACAUGGAUUUGUUAAUAAAGCACUAUGAUCUGCAAAAGAUGGAAUGUUUCAUAAAGAUCUAAAGAAAUAAAGGAAACUUUAAAACAGGG